GAAAUGAAUUUGUUUUGAUUUGAUAACCUUUUGUUUUGUGUUUGCCUUUGCCUUAUCUUUAAAAAAAAUUAUUUUACGUUUGUCUUCAAAAUUUGUACUUAAUUAAGUCAAAGAAUAUAUUAAAAAUGAACAUCAAGCUCGCUUGAGUACUUUCCAGCCACUUCUUUCCAUCAUAAUGUUUACUAUAUAAUCCUACCACAUCACUGAACCUGUUACCAUGGACUCGGAAGAUUGCUCAAUUGAAACUGAGGCUGAAAAUCUUUACUUGAAAGGCGUAGAAUUGGAACGAAACUUUCGCCAUUACGAUGCGAUUCGAUACUAUCGAAAAGCUCUGCAACUUGUACCUGAUAUUGAUGUACGAAUGUACAAAUCGAAUAAAUUGAGAGAUUUUAAAAAUCAGGAAAAUAUAGAGAAUCGUGAUAAUGCUAGUAGUAGGACAGAUGACUGUGAUAGUGACGAAGACGAUUACGAUGGUAGUGAGCCACUUCUCGAACGAAUUCAAAGAAUUCUGGAUAAAUCUGAUAGAUUUAUCAUCGCUAGUAGAUCGCAAAAGGGUCUUCACAUUUCCGAUCUACCUCAAGAGAUAAUCAUGUAUAUUUUACGUUGGGUGGUAUCCGAUGAACUGGAUCUACGUUCGCUUGAUCAAUGCGCUUUAAUAUGUCGAGGAUUCUAUUUGUACGCUAGAGAUCCUCAUAUUUGGAAAUCAGCUUGCCAAAGGGUUUGGAAAAACGAAAAAUUGAAUUUAACCAAUCACGAAAGUUGGCGCGAUAUGUUCAUUCAUCGUUUACGAAUCAGUACCAAUGGAUGUUAUAUCGCUGAAACGAAAUACUACAGACAAGGUGAACGAUCUUUCCAGGAUCAGAACUACAGACCUUACCAUUUGGUCGUUUAUUAUAGAUAUUUAAGAUUUUUCGCCGACGGUAAAGUUUUGAUGAUCAACACACCUGACACGCCUAAUAUAAUUGUUGGACAGUUGAAAAAUAAAAAUUCGAAGCUAGGAGCAAUGUUCUGCGGAUCUUACGAGAUGGUUGGUGAUUUGGUUUACACAGUUUUCAAGUUGCAAAAAAUUCGUAAAAGGAAUCCGAAAAAUAGCGCCAAGGAUCAGUACAUCGAUUUGACUUACAAUAUGACAUUUCAAAUAAAGAGAUACAAGAAAUACAAAACCAAAUUAAUCUGGAAACAGUAUACGUUAAAAUGUGCCGAUGAAGUCAGUUUCGAAGAGAAUUUUGAGAUCCAAGAUCACGUAUUUCCGCCCCUAUGGUUUUCUAGGGUCAAGAGUUACACCGUAGAAUCAGAGAACCCACUUGCAUAAUGUUAACUCAUUCCAGUGAUGAAUUUUACCUCACGGUUGAAAAAUUAUCGUAUAUUUUAAUUCACGUGUUGAAAAACUGUACCAUUUUGUUCUUAUAAAUUAUAAUUUGUUGACGUAUUGA